CCCAAACCACGCACACAGCCAGGCCACGCAAUCGGCCGUCUGUCUAUUGAACCAGUUUGCCGUUGGGCAGCUCCAGCGGGGGUCUGAUUCGCUUCGGCUGCCUAUAGUGGUUGUCCCAGUCGUUGACCCGCGCCUCCUCACCGAACUCAUCCCACAGCUUGCCCACCUCCAGGCCCUUCUGCUUGGCGUAACCAGGCUGACACACAGACACACAGGCACAGAGGGAAAGGAUGAGUGAGGCUCUCUCUGCGAGUGAUGUGGUGGGUGUUGUGUUGUGUGUGGUGCGCACCGAUGUUUGCACGACCCAUCUUGGUUCGGCGGCAUCGCCGACUCGUUCGUCUUUCCUGAGGCGGCUGGGGCCGGCCUCGUUGUUGUAGGGCAUCACGUCAGUCUGUACGGGCCGUCAACACACAUAUAUACACACACAAUCAGCUGCUGCAUCCCUCGAUGUAUGCGUGUGUCAUGUGUGUUUCCGUCGACUGACUGACCUUGAUUUCCAUGACGGUCCCGUCAGACUUGACGUAGAUGACGUCCUGCAGCACAACACACACACAAAGACAGUCAUCCCAUCUGAUCACGCGUGUGUGUUUGUGUGUGUGUGUGGCGUGUGUGUGUUCUCCAUAGCAUCGCGUACGCAGGUGAGGUCCUCAUCGCUCGGCGCCUUCUCGGGCCUCUCCUUUCUCAUCUGCUCGACGAUAGGCAUGAUGGACCCGGGCGGCAGAGGGUUGCCCCAGUACUCGUCGACGUACUCGAUGUUCUUGACCUCGAAGUACUUGUUCCGCGCCGCAUAGACCUCCUCCAUGUCCACCGGCUUGGUCUUGUGCUCGUUGGCCUCCUCAGCAGUGAUGCGGAACCCAACCGGCCGGCCGCGGAUCCGAAAGUUGCGCUUGAAAGACGGCUGCAUGACGUCACACACAAGACAUAGACGCAGACACACAGAGAACAGGCGUGUUUGUGCUUGCUGCAUAGGUGUGUGGUGUGCUGUGCAUUGGUUACGUUGACAGAUGGUCUGAGGGGCAGCUUCUUGUCGAAGCCAAAGUACCGGGGGUUGGGGACGACCACCUCCCGCUCUUCUGCUGUCGCUGGCCCAUCUGCGGCCAUCGACAGCUGCGACCGAGAUGGCCUCGAGGGCAUGAGAGCUGGGAGAGCCGCAGGCAGUGUGAAGGCGGCAGUGGGUGAGGGGAACUGCGGAAGGAUAAGAAGCACCGUCAUGGGCAGCAGUGCAGCCAG